AUGAGAUCAGUAGAGCGGUACGUGCGAGUGAAGUGGAAAGAUGUUCGGGUCGGUGAUCUGGUGCACCUCUCGAACAACGAAGCGGUUCCCGCGGACAUGGUGCUGCUGCACUCCUCGAACCCGAUGGGCGUGUGUUACCUGGACACCUGUAACCUGGAUGGCGAGACCAACCUCAAGCAACGUAUAGUUGCGCCAGGUUUCAGAGAAAAGCAUAAAGACUAUUGUCCUCUUAAAUUCAGAAGCACUGUUGAAGUGGAGCGACCGUCGACCAAAAUAUACAGAUUCACAGGAACAAUUUCACACCCAAACGGAGGUAGAGUUCCACUUAACUCCGAGAACUUGUUGCUGAGGGAGUGCACUAUCAAAAACACAGAUUAUGUAGAAGGCAUUGUCGUGUACGCAGGUCAUGAGACCAAAGCAAUGUUGAAUAAUGGCGGGCCGAGAUAUAAAUGCUCGAAACUUGAACGAAAGAUGAACACAGACGUGAUAUGGUGCGUCCUGGUGUUGCUGUUCUUAUGCUGCGCCGGCGCUGUUGGCUGCAAGGUCUGGUACGACCAGUACAGCCCGCUCCUCUACAAAGUGACGCCUUUCAUCACGUACGCGGACAAACCGGCCUACGAGGGCCUCUUAACGUUUUGGACCUACAUUAUAGUGCUUCAAGUAAUGAUACCGGUGUCACUCUACGUGACGAUCGAGAUGACCAAACUGCUGCAAGUGUAUCACAUCCACCAGGACGUCGAAAUGUACGACCCCGUGACGAACACCCGAACCGAAUGCCGUGCGCUGAACAUCACCGAGGAGUUGGGCCAAAUCAAUUAUCUGUUCAGUGACAAGACGGGGACGCUGACGGAGAACAAAAUGGUGUUCAGGCGUUGCACGGUUAACGGAGUGGACUACGAUCAUCCCCCGGGUCCGCCCGCCGAGCCCAACCCCGAACUGCCCCCCAUUGUCACCCCCCUAACCAAAGUCUCGCCCAACCGUCGUUUGCUCCAGCACAUUCUCGACAACAACGACGCGCAGCAUACACAGAAGGUGCGAGAGUUCCUCUUGAUGCUUGCCGUGUGCAACACGGUGGUUGUCAGCCAGCCGCACGUUGACGAGAUGCAGCUGAGCGGCUCCCAGUCUGGGGGUCAAUUCCCGUCCGACAAACCGGCGCGCUCCAAUGGCACGCUUCGAUCUAACGACAAAUACGCCCGCCUAACGGAAUCCAGAUCGACCACGCCCUCACCGCCGCCUUCGACCACGUCGCCGCUGCGAAUCCGCUUGCCGAGGUUUCCCUUCGGCAGCCGCGACGACACCAACAGCGAGCCGAGCACUUCGGCCGAGUCACAGUUGGCCCGUUUCGAGGCCGAGAGCCCCGAUGAGUUGGCGCUGGCCGAGGCCGCCCUGGCGUACGGCUACGAGCUGAGGAGCCGCUCGCCCGACGAGGUGGAGGUGGGCGUCCGGGGCGAGGUGGCGCGCUACAAGGUGCUGCGCGUCCAGCAGUUCGACUCCAACCGCAAGUGCAUGUCCGUGGCGAUGCGCAUGCCGACCGGCCAGGUGGUGCUGUACGUGAAGGGGGCGGACACGACCGUGUUCGGGGCGUUGACCCCGAUGCGCUCCGGCAGCGCCGAGGCGGCCGCCUACGAGCGCACCCGCUCGCUCAUAUCGGAGUACUCGCGCGCGGGUCUGCGCACGCUGGUCAUGGCCAAGCGGACGAUGCAGCCUGCCCUCUGGGAGGAGUGGCUCGCCGGACACGCGCGCGCCUCCGAGAUAGGCGACGGUCGCGAGAGACGCAUCCGCGAGUCGCUCGCGCGGCUGGAGAGCGCUCUGACGCUGGUCGGUGCGACGGGCGUCGAGGACCGGCUGCAGGAGGCGGUGCCGCGCACCGUCCGCGCGCUGCUCGACGCGGGCAUCGUGGUGUGGGUGCUCACCGGCGACAAGCCCGAGACUGCCAUCAACAUCGCCUACUCGGCCGCGCUCUUCUCGCAGGGCGACCGGCUGCUGCACCUCAUGUCGCGCGACAAGGAGCACGCGGAGUCGACGAUCAAGAGCUACCUGGAGGGGGGCGCGGUGGAGGGCGCGGGCGGCAGGGCGCUGGUGGUGGACGGGCGCACGCUCACCUACAUCCUGGACCGGCGCUCGGGGCUCGUGGCGCCCUUCCUCUCGCUCGCGCGCCGCUGCUCCGCCGUGCUCUGCUGCCGCGCCACGCCGCUCCAGAAGGCCUACAUCGUCAAGGCGGUGAAAGAAGAGUUGGGUGUGACGACGUUAGCGAUCGGGGACGGCGCUAACGAUGUCUCAAUGAUACAAACGGCCGAUGUUGGAGUCGGACUAUCUGGGCAAGAAGGUAGACAGGCAGUAAUGGCUUCAGACUUUGCCUUGUCGAGGUUCAAAUUCAUCGAGAGGCUGCUAUUAGUCCACGGACACUGGUGCUACGACCGUCUCGCGCGCAUGAUACUUUAUUUCUUCCUUAAAAAUGCAACAUUCGUGUUCCUUGUCUUCUGGUAUCAGAUGUACUGCGGCUUCUCUUCUAUGGUGAUGAUCGACCAGCUGCAUUUGAUGGCCUACAAUCUUAUGUUCACUGCUUUUCCACCUAUCGUUAUCGGGGCGUACGACCGCACGGCGCCGGCGUCGCUGCUGUCGGAGCGGCCGGGGCUGUACGGCGCGGCGCGUCGCGGCCUCGCGUACCGGCCGCACUCGUACUGGGCGGUGCUCGCCGAGUCGGUCUACAUCAGCGUGGUGAUCUUCUUCUCGGCGGCGAGCGCGUACUGGGACACGGACGUGGACAUAUGGCUCUUCGGCCUCUGCAACAUGACGUGCUGCCUCGUCGUCAUGCUGGUGUACGUCGCGAUCGAGACGCGCAGCUGGACUGUCAUCCAUCUGCUGGCGCUGACCGGGUCUUUGGGGUCGUUCUUCGUGCUCACGCUGAUGUAUCAGUCCGUGUGCGUGUCGUGCUUCAAUCUGCCGUCGACCUACCACGUGAUGCAUCACGCGCUGAUCGAUCCGAUAUACUGGCUGGUCGUCGUCCUCACCACGGUAGCCGCGCUCGCGCCAAGGCUGGCUUGGCACGCGGUGCGCAACACAGUGCGCCCGGGCGCGUUGGGGCGCGCGGUGCUGGCGCGUCGCCGCAGGCCGCGCGCUCGCCUGCCCUACGCCGCUCAGUACCACACCACUACGGCUUCCGCUCACGUCUACAGGUCAACUGACGAGGACGGUCUUCAAAAGACGCAUUCCGACGUUGCCGCCAUUACG